AUGACCGUGAGCCCGGCAGCCGGCGCCCUGCUCCCUUCCCAGCGCCGCGUCCGCCGCUCACGCCCGCGCCGGUCACUCGACCGGCUGCCCUCUGCGCACCAGUGCUCUCCGGCCACCUCCGUGCCCGCCCGCCACCUCCUUUCUCGAGCCGGGCGGGGUUACCCGCUCAAGUCCGUGCCAGCUGCCCUCCGGCUGCCUUUUUACGCCGCGCCUGCCCGGGUCGCUGUCUGCGCCCUCCGGGCUCCCUCUCUUCGCCCGCCCGGGUCUCUCUCUCCACCCACCCGACUCGCUCCCCGUCUGCGCCCUCCUGGCUUCCUCUCCACACCCGCCCGGGUCUCAUUCUACGCCCUCCGAGCUCCUUCUCCGCGCCGGCUGCCCUGGGUCCCUGUCUACCCACUCCGAGCUCCUUCUCCACGCCCGCCCGGGUCCCUGUCUACGCCCUCGGGGCUCCCUCUCCGCACCCUCCCGGGUCCCUGUCUACGCCGUCCGGGUUCCUUCCACACGCUGCCUGUCCGGGUCCCCGUCUACGCCCUCGGGGCUCCCUCUCCACGCCCGCCCGGAGCUCUCUCUCCACCCGGCCGACCCGCUCCCCGUCUACGCCCCGCCAAGUCCCUCUGCGCGCCCGCCCGCUCGCCUGGGCCGCUCUGCGCGCGGGAGCCGCCAGGAGGGAGGCGGCCGGGUAGCAGUUGGGCGUGGUCUCUCGGGGGGCGGGCUCGGGGGCGGGGAGGCCGACGUCACCGCCGGGUGGGCGCGCUGAUUGGCUGCAGCGCAGUGCGCGGAGCCCGCAAGCGUCUCCGCCCGCCCGGCCGCUCCUCCUCUCCUGCCGCCCGUCCGCACCGGCUCGCGAGGAAACCGCUCCGGCGCCGCCGCCCGGCCCAGUGCGGACGACGAGAGCUGCUGCUGUUCACCAUGGCCUCGCUGCACCCAGCCUUCUCCUUCCACCAGCGGGUCACGCUGCGCGAGCACCUGGAGCGACUCCGCACGGCGCUCGCUCCGGGCCCCGCCGACGCCGAGCUGGAGCCGGGCCACCUCGCCGGCCCCACGGCCCAGAAUGAUUCCACUCUUGGCGAUUGUGUGCACAGUCACGAGACCAGUUUACUAGAACCAGGCCCAAUACCUCAUGAUGGACUUACUCCGGCACCUCACAGAGCCCAGCCAGAAGCUGUGCACAUCGAGAAGAUAAUGUUGAAGGGAGUCCAGAGAAAAAGGACUGACAAGUACUGGGAAUACACCUUCAAAGUAAAUUGGUCUGAUCUUUCAGUAACAACAGUAACAAAAACCCAUCAAGAACUCCAGGAAUUUCUACUAAAGCUUCCAAAGGAACUGUCAUCAGAGACAUUUGACAAGACCAUCCUGAGAGCGCUGAACCAGGGAUCCUUGAAGAGGGAAGAGAGGCGGCCUCCUGAGCUCGAGGCCCUCCUAAGGCAGCUAUUUUCAACUUCCUCACAAGCUUUUCUUCAGAGUCAGAAGGUCCACAGCUUUUUCCAGUCCAUCUCCUCGGAGUCUUUGCACAGCCUCAAUAACUUGCAGUCCUCUCUGAAGACUUCGAAGAUACUAGAACACUUAAAAGAAGACAGCUCAGGAGCUUCCAGUCAGGAGGAAGAUACGAUACAGCACACCAUAGUCCACAAGAAGCAUGCCGGGAAGAGCCCCACCGGGAACACGGUUGGGACGAGCUGCUCUCCAUUGGACGAGCUGGCCACACAGCAUUCUGAGCAGAACGGGCUUGUGGACUGGAGGAAGCCGAGCCCGCCAGCCGUCCAGCACCUGGAGCGCUGUGCCGCCUUAGCCGACCAGCAUUCACCCGACAAGUGGAAACUUUCUUCAGAAAAUAAGAAGAAAGGAAACCCACCAGGAGAAAAGGAGAAGAUUCCGAAAGCUGACAACAGACUGACAAGUGGGAUGAAUGGACUCCGGCUCUCCGCCCCCCUGCGAGCUCUGGACGGCGCUGGGAGAGAUGUGAACUUGGACAUCGGAUCUGGACAUGAUACAUGUGGAGAAACGUCUUCCGAGAGUUACAGCUCUCCGUCCAGCCCCCGCCACGAUGAGAGAGAAAGCUUCGAGAGUGAAGAAGAGAAAGACAGAGAUACAGACAGCAACUCUGAGGACUCCGGGAAUCCACCCACAGUCCGGUUUCCUGGUUACAGUUCUGUCAAGCCGCCCGUUCAGAUGGCUUCUCUGGGAACUGAGGACAGCGGCCUCCUGGAAGAUGCCCUGAGUUCACCCAAGUAUCAGCAUCUCUCCUUCAUGCCAACGCUACACUGUGUCGUGCACAAUGGUGCCCCAAAGCCUGAGGUGGUGGUGCCCCCGCCCAAGUCUGUGGACGGAAAAGCCAUCGGGGUGCUGCUCCCCAGCCCCGUGGCCAUCUCUGCAGUGCGGGAGUCAGCCAGCGCCACUCCUGUGGGGCUUCUGGGGCCCUCUGCUGCCCCUGGUGACUCUGAGAAGCACCUGGAGCUGCUGGCCACGCCCCUGCCCAUCCCAUCGGCCUUCCUCCCUCACGGCGGUGCCCCUGCCCUGCACCUCACCAUCCAGAGACUGAAGCUGCCAUCCCCACAGGGGCCAUCGGAGGGCAGCGCGGGGAGCACGCUGCAGCCCCCCGUGGGGUCACCCAGCACCGCCUUCAUCCCCGUCCACAGCCCAGGUACUUUCCCGGGCUCACCUGGCUCCUCCACGGAGCCCGGAACUAAGCCUGCAUCCCAAGUGGUAGGACUCAACCCACUGGUGCCUCCCGCCGAGGGCAGCGCAGGGACGGUCCCCCCAGCGGCCAGCGUGAAGGUGGUCCUUCCCGCGGCAGGCCUCGCUGCUGCACAACCACCAGCAUCCUUCCCCGUGCCCGGCUCGCCCCUUGCCGCCAGCGCGCUGCCUGCCCAGGGCCCUGGCACCCAGAGUGCCCCACCGGCCAGCGCGGGCCUCGGCCAGGUCCAGGCCAAUGUGCCCCCCGCCGUGCCCACCCACACGCCUGGGCCGGCACCCAGUCCCAGCCCGGCCCUGACACACAGCACGGCACAGAGUGACAGCACCUCGUACAUCAGCGCCGCAGGCCACGCGGCCACAGGGACGGUGCUAGCACCCCAGCCGCUGGGUGCCGGGCCGUGCGGCUCCUGUGGGCGGAGGUGUGGCUGCGGGGCCAGUGCGGGCGUCCAGCUGAGCAGCUACUACUACCCCGGCCCGGUGCCAGGCCCGCUCUACCGUCUCCCGUCCUUCUUCACCCUGCCGUCCAUUUGCAACGGCAGCUACCUCAACCAGGCCCACCAGAGCAACGGGAACCAACUCCCUUUCUUUCUGCCUCAGACACCAUAUGCAAACGGACUGAUGCAUGACCCAGUCCUGGGGAGCCAAGCCAGCUAUGGCAUGCAGCAGGUGGCGGGCUUCGGGCGCUUCUACCCGGUGUACCCGGCCCCCAGCGUAGUGGCCAGCACCAACGGCUCAGGGCCCAAGAAGAGUGGCAGCGUGUCCUGCUACAGCUGCGGCGGGAGUGGCCACUAUGCGCACGACUGCAAGCAGCCGGCAGCCGAGGCCGCGCAGCAAGGCACUUACAGGCUGAGAUACGCGCCGCCCCCUCCCCCUCCUAAUGAUCCAUUGGAUUCUGCAGACUGA